UUUUCAUUUUUGUACGCUCGUGAUACCUCAGAAAACCUCCCGUUGUCUCUCGUUUCUCUUUCUUUUAUGGGUUUUCACCGGAAAAUGGUUUUUGGUUCAUACAGGCCGCCGACAAAAACAACAGCAAAAUAGAAAGAAAAAGAACUAUUUUUUCCUCAUUCUUUGUUGUGUUUCAUUUUUCAAGUAAAAUCCCAAAAUGGUUGUAAAUGUUGGCUGUGUUUUUUUAGUUUCAGUCCUGAUAUUAAGUUUGGGAGUAAACUCAGAACCAGUUCAAGACAAGCAAGCUCUCCUUGCGUUCCUUUCAGAGACCAAACACGAGAACCGGGUUCAAUGGAACUCAUCAACUUCAGCCUGCGAUUGGGUCGGUAUCCAAUGCGAUGCGAACCGCUCUUUUGUCUACACUCUUCGGCUCCCAGGUGUGGGUCUCGUAGGUUCGAUUCCACCCAACACAAUCGGUCGGUUAAACCAACUCCGAGUCUUAAGUCUCCGAGCAAACCGUUUAUCCGGUGAGAUCCCUGCCGACUUCUCCAAUUUGACUCUCCUCCGUAGCCUUUAUUUGCAGGAUAACGAGUUCACUGGCCAGUUCCCACCCAGUGUGACUAGUUUAACUCGUUUGACACGGCUCGAUCUUUCUUCUAACAAUUUCACCGGUCCCAUACCUUUCAGCGUCAAUAAUUUGACUCAUUUGACCCGACUUUUCUUGCAAAACAACAAAUUUUCCGGUUCUCUCCCGAACAUCAACCCCGAACGAUUAGUUGAUUUCAACGUUUCUAAUAACAACCUUAACGGUUCAAUUCCCGACACGUUAUCUAAUUUCCCUGAAUCUUCAUUUGCCGGAAAUAUUGGGCUUUGUGGAGGCCCACUUCAGCCAUGUAAUCCAUUUUUCCCGUCUGAAGCCCCAUCUCCUUCGGAGCCCAUUCCACCUACAACUUCCGGUGAAAAGUCCAGAAAGCUUUCCACCGGCGCCAUUAUUGCUAUUUCCGUGGGUUCCGCAAUCAUCGCGUUGUUGUUAUUAUUAUUCCUCGUUCUUUGCGUCCGUAAGCGUCAACGGAGGCCACCGAAGCAGCAGAAACCGGUUACGGCGGCGACACGGGCGAUUCCGCCGGCUGAGGCGGGAACUUCCUCGUCGAAAGAUGAUAUAACUGGAGGAUCAACGGAAGGGGAAAAGAAUAAGCUUGUGUUUUUUGAAGGUGGAGUUUAUAGUUUCGAUUUAGAGGAUUUAUUGAGGGCUUCGGCGGAAGUGUUGGGAAAAGGCACUGUCGGAACAUCGUACAAAGCUGUGUUAGAAGAAGGGACAACAGUGGUAGUUAAACGGUUAAAAGACGUGGCGGUUAGUAAAAGAGAGUUCGAAAUGCAGAUGGAAAUGUUGGGUAAAAUUAAACAUGCAAAUGUGGUUCCUCUGAGAGCGUUUUAUUACUCCAAAGAUGAGAAAUUGCUCGUUUACGAUUUCAUGCGUGAUGGUAGCUUGUCUGCCCUGCUACACGGAAGCAGGGGCUCAGGCCGUACUCCACUAGACUGGGACAACCGGAUGAGAAUAGCAUUAAGCGCGGCUAGGGGCCUAGCACACCUUCACGUUUCGGGAAAGGUGGUCCACGGCAACAUCAAGUCCUCCAACAUCCUUCUCCGACCAGACCACGAAGCCUGCAUCUCCGACUUUGGUCUCAACCCGCUCUUUGGCAACACCACGCCGCCUAGCCGCAUUGCAGGCUACCGAGCACCUGAAGUGGUUGAAACCCGCAAAGUUACGCUCAAGUCUGAUGUGUAUAGCUUCGGAGUGUUAUUGCUAGAGUUAUUAACUGGCAAAGCACCUAAUCAGGCAUCGUUAGGGGAGGAGGGGAUUGAUCUUCCUCGUUGGGUCCAAUCCGUGGUUCGCGAGGAAUGGACGGCUGAGGUUUUCGACGUGGAGUUAAUGAGGUACCACAGCAUUGAGGAGGAAAUGGUGCAGCUGUUACAAAUUGCAAUGACUUGCGUAUCGACCGUACCUGAUCAAAGACCCGCCAUGCAGGAAGUGGUACGUAUGAUUGAAGAUAUGAAUAUGAGUAGAGGGGAAACCGAUGACGGAUUACGGCAGUCGUCUGAUGAUCCUUCAAAAGGAUCAGAAGGUCAAACUCCUCCCACCGAUUCAAGGACUCCACCUAGAUCCGCCACACCUUAAAGUAUAAUUGUGAUUUGUGAACAAAGAAAGGAAAAGAAAAGGAAAAUUGAAAAGCAAAAAGACAAUGUGGGGGUGGGGUUCUCCUUAAAUUGUGCACAAAGCGUAAGUAAAAGAGUGAUAAAAAGUGCGCAGUUGAUUGGGGGGAUAAUAACUAAGGUUUGCCCCCAAAUUUGUGUUUUUUCGUUCUUAUUUUUUUAUUUUUUUAUUUCGUUUCCUGGGUUUUAUUUUUUUUUCCUUCUUAAUUUUACUUUGCAAUUAUAGGUGGAUUUGUUCGGGGGGGGGGGAAUUUGAAUUGUUUACGAAGGAGCCGGUGGUAAUGGGGAGUUCCAUGAACUGAUUGGAAUUUGACCAUUUGAUGGAUUUACUUGGUUUUGUUUUUCUUUCUUUUUUAUUUUAAUUAAUUCUUUCCUUUGUAAUCUGUAACUCACAAACAAAACAAUCCACUCGUGUCCUGUCCUAUUAAACACAUGUCUUCGUUGCUUGUCCUUUUAAAUUGUCUAUUUGUAUAAGCUUUUUUAAUCCUUUUUAUUGCAAUGGCCAAGUGAAGCCAACUAGGGAGUUAGAAAUUUUCAUUUAAAAAUUCCAACCACUUGUUUCGUUCAGCUAAUGUACAAAGCCGAAACCAAACAUGCAUUGGUUACUAACCAUGUACCCCA